CCCAAUCAAACAAGCCACAUUUAUUUCACAGUCCAUACUCAAUACAACGAUGGACGCUCAAAUACACCUCCAAGACCCACACAGGGAAGCCAUUGAAGGCUUUUCCGAGACCAACAAUAACAAACCCAUGUCCAGAUUUCAUUCAAACAACGUACUUCAAGGUUUGAAGAACAACUUGGCCUUCCGAUCCAAAUGGGGCGAAUUGAAUGGUGCGAUGGGGGAUUUGGGAACUUAUAUACCAAUAGUGAUUGCCCUAACACUAGUGGCAGACCUUAAUCUAGGCACAACACUGAUAUUCACUGGUGUGUACAAUUUUGUCACUGGUGUCAUAUACGGUGUUCCAAUGCCAGUCCAACCAAUGAAAUCGAUUGCUGCUGCGGCUAUCUCAAGUGGGUCGGAUUUCGGUGUCCCGGAAAUAAUGGCUGCCGGAGUUUUGACCGGAGGAAUCUUGUUUGUUCUGGGUGUGACAGGGUUGAUGCAAUUCGUGUAUAAGUUAAUUCCUCUCUGUGUUGUUAGGGGGAUUCAGCUCUCACAAGGCUUGUCAUUUGCAUUGACUGCUGUGAAAUACAUCAGAGAUAUUCAGGAUUUCUCUAAAAAGUCAAAACCUAAAGGUGAAAGGCACUGGUUGGGAUUGGAUGGGUUGCUUCUGGCACUUGUGUGUGCUUGCUUUAUUAUAAUCAUCAAUGGUGCAGGGGAGGACGGAAGUAAUGGAAGAGAGACUGAUAGGGAAAUGGGUAUUGAAGAAAGGCCAAGGAGUAAGGGUUCAAAAUUGAGGGAGAUUGUGUAUUCACUUCCUUCUGCACUCAUGGUGUUUCUGUUGGGUGUAGUGUUGGCUUUCAUAAGAAAGCCUGAUUUAGUGAAAGGCUUCAAGUUUGGUCCAUCUCCUAUAAAAAUUGUGGAGAUGACAAAACAUUCAUGGAAGAAAGGGUUUAUUAAAGGGACAAUUCCUCAACUUCCAUUAUCCAUAUUGAAUUCAGUGAUUGCGGUUUGUAAAUUGUCAUCAGAUCUUUUUCCAGGCAAAGACUUCUCGGCCUCAUCGGUGUCGGUUACCGUAGGCCUAAUGAACUUGGUGGGAUGUUGGUUUGGUGCCAUGCCUUGUUGCCAUGGUGCAGGUGGUCUUGCUGGGCAGUACAAGUUUGGAGGGAGAAGUGGUGGGUGUGUUGCCAUUCUUGGUGUAGUGAAAUUGGUCUUGGGUUUGGUUUUGGGGACUUCAUUGGUGAUGGUGCUGAACCAGUUUCCUGUUGGGGUGUUGGGGGUGCUACUAUUAUUUGCUGGGGUUGAGCUAGCCAUGGCUGCAAGGGACAUGAACACAAAGGAGGAUGUCUUUGUGAUGCUCCUAUGCACUGCUGUUUCACUUGUGGGUUCAAGUGCAGCACUUGGGUUUCUGUGUGGAAUUGUUGUGUAUGUUGUGCUCAGGCUGAGAAACUUGGGCAAAUCUACUAUUUAGAUUGGUUAAACUCUGUUUUUUGCUGUUAAGCCCCCAAACUAGAUGAGGAGGGGAGACUCCAACCGCCCUUGGGCAUUACUUGCAUGCCGUUUGUUCCCAUGCCGUUCAUGUCCAUGGAAAUAAAAUCAUCAACAAUCUUUAACUACAUCACAA